AUUGUCAAACAAUGACAUUGCAAAUGGUGCCUCUGCGAAAAAUUUCUCCUAUUUGUUUAUGUUAUUAAAAAAUUAAAAUAAUAUAAAGCCUUAUCAAAUUGUAGUGGAUUAAAUAACCAAAAAUCCAGAAAAGUAGCCGAAAUCCAGGCAUAAGUCGCUGGUGGUGGUGGAGUCUGCAAGAAAAUUCAAUGCCCAACCCACACUGAGAUGAUAAACUUGUAAUUCAACACAAUGGACUCUGGACAACAGGAAAAGUGCAGCUGCACUACAGAAAGCGACAGCAGCAAUUCCGAGUCGCCCCAAACGGAAAAGCGCAGCAAAAUGUGCCUUUUCAACUUGCGCAAAGCCCGCUCUUUACACUUCAACUCGAAACGCAACAAAAAACCUCAGAAUCCAGUCAAAAAAUCGCCCAAGUGGAGCCUCAACUUCAACUCUAGAAAAGAAACGAAACUGGAAAAGCCCGCUUGUUGCAAGUGCGCUUGUGCCAGAAGUUUGGAAGAACCAACCGCUGGACCUUCUAUAGCUGUUAGUGAAGAACCUCAAGAGCAAGAGUUAGUUCCAGAACAAAGACCAUUUGAGAUACCUCAAGUGCACAUCGAACAAGCUGAAGGAGUGAGAGGGAUUUAUGGGAUGGCGAUGGGUGGAAGUGCAAAUGCGGCACCAUCCAGUUUUGUUGUUUCGGCACCUUUUCUAGAUAGCCCUUGGAUGCGAAUGAUACAUGAGGAUUGCGAUGAGGCUGCCAGAAUCGCAAGAGCAAGAGAAAUUGAGCAAGGCGUCGAGCCUCCUGCUAAUUUUAGGUCGGUCAAAAGGUUGCAGGUGCUUUGUUCAGAUUCUGAAUCGGAAAAUGGACAAUCACAAGCGCCACCUAGAAGGUUACAACUGGUUUGUCCGCCCGAUUUAAAUGUGGAAUCUUUACGGUCGCUGUUUCAAAAUCACGUGCAAUUGAGAUCUUGUCCGUUGGAUUCGAUUACCGGGUGCCAUACUCAAGUCGAUUUUAUUCAUUGUUUGGUGCCCGAUCUUUUGAGCAUUACGAAUUGUAGUUUUUAUUGGGGUAAAAUGGACCGAUACGAAGCAGAACGCCUACUAGAAGGCAAACCAGAAGGUACUUUCCUACUGCGAGACUCCGCCCAAGAAGAGUUCCUCUUCAGCGUGUCGUUCCGCAAGUACGGCCGUUCUUUGCACGCCCGCAUCGAACAGUGGAACCACCGCUUUAGCUUUGAUUCCCACGAUCCAGGAGUCUUCACAUCAGACACUGUUUGCGGUUUAAUUGAGCAUUACAAAGACCCGAGCAGUUGCAUGUUUUUCGAGCCGAUGCUCACUUGGCCUUUGCACAGGAAUUUUACGUUUAGUUUGCAGCAUUUGGCUCGAGCCGUUAUCGUCAACAAGUUGACUUACGAUAAUAUUAAUCAUUUGCAAUUGCCUAAAACGCUUAAGAGUUAUUUGAAGGAGUAUCAUUAUAGGCAAAAGGUGAGGGUGGAAAGGUUUGAUGACGAUGUUCAGUGGUUGGAGUUGAGAAACAUGCCGCCUUGAUUUUGUAUUGGGUUGGUGGAACUUGGCUUAAUUUUUAUACUAGUGUUUUUUUUGCAUAUUAUACCAUUAGUAUUUGAUUAAAAUUCAUAAUAAUACGCAUUUAUUUGUGCAAUAUUUGCCCCCUUAAGUAAUCUCAUGCCUUAAAUUGCAACUAAUAGUUUUCUCAGUAUUUUUCUUUUUUAAUUAUUUUUAUUAUUAUUUAGCCUAAUUAGUUGAUUGAUUAGAAGAAUCCUACAGUUUUACAUUAAUCUUGGAUCGAGAUUGUAUUUAUUUUUAGUGAAAUAAAUGUAAAUAUUUGGAA